UUGGCAGCCAUGCCUGCCAUGUCACUUGAUUUUCGAAAAUAAUCGAAAAAUCGACAAAAUGGUGGUUUCCGAUGAAAGCGAAUUAAUUUUCACAAUUCGCAACAAUGCGACAAAAAUCGUGACACCGGACGAUUCCGACGACGUCGAGAAUGACACCGGCGACGACGAAACGAAGAUUUUAUCACUAGUGUGGAAAAACGGCAAGUUGGGGGCCGCCUAUUUCAACUUCAACGAGAAGCUUCUGUACGUCUAUGAAGAAGUGCUCGACCUGGCCCCCCUGUUUUACAUGACGUGCGCCAUUUACCGCGAAGUGGCCCCAAAAUUCGUAAUCACAGUCGGUAACAUGAACGAAGAGUACGUUAAACACGUGAUAGAUGUCGUCACUUCGGUCAGCGAGGAGACGACCACGACGGACACUGUUAGGACUCUGCCCCCCAACAUGUUCCUCCUGCGAUGCAAGGAAUAUUCUUUCGAAAUUUGCAGGUCCCUGCUUUGCGACUUGCGUCUGAUAAGCGCGUCGGAAAUGUCCGAAGCGGAAGGGGAAAUACACAUAAAUUCGCUGCUUAAUUUCGAUUAUAAAUGUUCGGUGCAUGCGGCAGGCGCUUUGGUGAAAUAUCUUGAUAAAACCUGGGCGCACUUUUUGCCCAAUAAGGACGAACUGCAGUUUUUGCAAGUGACGCAAGUUUCACUUCGAGGGCAUCUGUUGAUUGAUUGGACCACGCUGAAGGCACUACAAAUUUUUCAACAAUGUUCACACGAUGCGAGUUUCAAAAGGGGCUUGCAGUCGAGUAAUCGCGAGGGUUUGAGCGUUUAUCGGCUUUUCUCGUCGAGUUGCAAGUCGAAACUUGGACAAAUUUGUCUCAAAAAUAUUUUGCACAAGCCGCUGAAUGACAUUCAUGAAAUUUCGAAACGUUUGGAUUUUGUUACUUUCGUUUUGCAUCCAAGUAAUCAAGAUUUUGUCGAAAGCUUGCAAGACAACAUUAGAAAUUUAUCGGACGUUUCUAUUAUUCUUUUGAAAAUUAAAAAUUCGAGAGCUACCUGUAGAGACUGGCGUAUUUUAUACAAGUCAAUCUACCACACAGUUUUCUUGAGGGAACUAACAGCUCCUUAUCAAGAUGCGUGCGAACUUCUAUCCGAAUUCUACAAUUCGGUCACAAUGGAACUUCUCGGUUUGGAAAACUCAAUGAACAACGCGAUAGACUUCAGCGAUAGUAAAAAUUCAAGCCGGCCUGUAAUUAAAACCGGAUUUGACGAAAGUCUAGAUGCCAAAAAAUUGCGUCGACAAGACAUUGCCCAACAUGUUCGAGCAGCGGCCGGAGUGGCAGCAGAGCAAUUACCAGACUAUUUAAACGAAUGUUCCAUUGUGUAUUUACCAGAAAUGGGACAUUUGGUUGCGAUAAACGAAUGGAAACCGAAUUGCGAUCCCGAGGAAUUGAAAGAUUUAGGAUUUCAAUUCAUGUUCACGUUGCGUGGAACAAUCCAUUACAAGAAUCCACUAUGUUUAGAAUUGGACGAAAACCUUGGCGACAUUAAUGCCGAAAUAAUCGCCCACGAAAAUCGCAUUUUGCAACGCCUUUCCUCCUUCAUUCUCAAAUACAACAAGGAUAUUAGAGAGCCUCUUAGAGUCUUAUCGCUGUUUGAUGCGUACGAUUUUAUUGAUUUUUUCUCCCAAUUAUACACAAUUUUUAGUUUGAUAGCAAUAGCGAAAGUCUCGGCACAAAAUAAUUACGUCCGACCUGCUUUAAACAACCAAAAUAUGCACGAAAUCCGCGAGUGUCGUCACCCUCUCCUCGAGCUGGUCUCAAAUUUCGAGCCCAAUGACUUUUGCUCGGGGAAUCACCACAGUCACAUUAAAAUAAUCACGGGGCCUAACGGCAGUGGCAAAAGUGUGUAUUUGAAGGAAGUAGCCCUCGUUAUUUACUUUGCCCACAUUGGCUCCUACGUGCCUGCCAGGAGCGCCAACAUCGGGAUUUUGCAUUGCAUACAUUCCAGAAUGCAAGCGACGGAAUCGGCAGCCGUGCGCCUAUCUGCAUUUAUGAUUGACGCAAUCCAGGCCACGCAAGCGAUUCAUAACGCGCGCCACAACUCUCUGAUCUUAUUGGACGAGUUUGGCCGGGGAACCACCGUGGAGGAUGGACUUGCUUUACUGGUCGGCUUUCUGGCCGACUUUCACAAACAAGGCAAUAACUGCCCUCACAUACUUGUCUCGACGCACCACCAAAGCAUUUCUGAUUUUUUACCGGAAGAUGGUGUUGUUGAAUAUUUGAAAAUGGCACAUUCGGAGGAAAAUGGGACACUUUUGUUCCUUUAUAAAGUGGCGAAAGGUGUUUCGAGGAGUUUUGCGAUAAAAAUUGCGGCCGAAGUUGGCGUGGAUGCGAGUAUUAUCAAACGGGCAAACGAAUUGUUUGAAAAAAAGAAAACAGUCACGCCAUUAGUCCGUUGUGAGAGUUAUCCGGCUUCCGUUAAUGAUAGUGCGUUGAUUGCGUUUUUAAAAGAUGUUAAUAUUCCGGAACCAGAUGAGGCAUAAUUGUGUUUGAAUAUCCCGCUUUAGUUUUGUUAAUUGUUGGGUUGGUACGUGUUACGUUGGCGAUCGUGUUGUUCAGUCAAUAAAAACGUUUGUGUGA